AUGUCUGAUAAUCAUGUAAAUCCUUGGAAAGAGAUAUCCUUUGGUUCCAUAGCUGGAAUGUGUGGUAAAAUCAUUGAGUUUCCGUUCGAUACUAUCAAAGUGAGAUUGCAAUCAUCAUCACAGUUUUCACAUUUAUCUGCGAUUGGCACCAUCAAAUAUACCUACCAACACGAAGGUUUCAGAAAAGGUUUUUACCAAGGAUUAAAUGCCCCUUUGCUCGGUGCUUGCUUGGAGAGUGCGGUGUUGUUUUACUCUUAUAACCUAUCAACAGCUACAUUCAUUGACCUUUAUAAAGCAAAUUUAGGUAUAAACUAUACCCAAGAGACGGUACCGUUAUGGAGCAAAUGUUUUAGUGGAGGGAUAGCUGGGUUUGUGGCAUCGUUUGUAUUGACCCCCAUAGAAUUAGUUAAAUGUAAGUUGCAAGUUACCAACUUAACAUCCACGAAAUCGUUAUCAUCUCCUAAUUUAUAUUCCGCCAUUAUUAAGCAAGUGAUCAAGCAUGAUGGGUUUUCUGGUUUAUGGCAUGGUCUAUCAAGUACAUUGGUUAGAGAAGUUGGUGGAACCGCAGUUUGGUUUGGUACCUACGAAUACACUAAUGGACUCUUCCGUAGAGUAAGCCGAAAUAAUGAAUUAAGCGAUAUUAAUUUAUUGAUCAGCGGUGCAUUAGCAGGUGUUGUAUUCAACUUAUCGGCUUUUCCAGCUGAUACAAUUAAAUCAAAUAUCCAGACUUUUGAUAUUUUACAUAAAGAUCACGCAGGUUCCAGCUUUAUGAAAAUGGGUAGACUACUUCUUAGCAGGCCAGGAGGUAUUAAGAAUCUCUACAAAGGCUUGAACAUAACGUUAUUAAAGGCAAUUCCAGCAAAUGCAUUAAUUUUUUACGUAUAUGAAGUUUUGAAACGGAACUUCUAA